CGCACCGCCCUGUUCGGGGAGCACCGCCCUGUUCGGGGGCGGGGAUGGUGCGGCCGCCCCGCAGCGCUGCAGCCGCCGCAGCGAUGUCCGCGCUCAGCGCCGGCCGGCUGCUCCGAACCCUGGUUUGGCCUGGCUGGAGGUUGCACUCCAGCAAACCUGCCCAAAAUGUGCACCUGAGCAAACCUGGGAAUGGGUUCAGCUUCGAACUGACAGAUGAACAGAAGGAAUUCCAAGCUACUGCCCGGAAAUUUGCUCUGGAGGAGAUUAUUCCUGUUGCUGCACAGUACGACAGGACUGGGGAGUAUCCUGUGCCACUCAUCAAACGGGCCUGGGAGCUUGGGCUGAUGAAUUCCCACAUCCCAGAGAGCUGCGGUGGGCUGGGGCUGGGCACCUUCGAGGCAUGUCUGAUCACGGAGGAGCUGGCGUACGGAUGCACCGGGGUGCAGACGGCCAUCGAGGCCAAUUCCCUGGGGCAAAUGCCUGUGAUCAUCGCUGGGAACGAGCAGCAACAGAAAAAAUACUUGGGCAGAAUGACAGAGGAGCCCCUGAUGUGUGCUUACUGUGUGACGGAGCCAGGCGCGGGCUCGGAUGUGGCCGGGAUCAGAACUCGGGCGGAGCGGAAGGGGGAUGAGUACGUCAUCAAUGGACAGAAGAUGUGGAUCACCAAUGGUGGGAAGGCCAACUGGUACUUCCUGCUUGCCCGCACCGAUCCUGACCACCGGGCCCCAGCCAGCAAAGCCUUCACAGGCUUCAUCGUGGAGGCCGACAGCCCUGGGAUCCAGAUUGGCAGGAAGGAGCUCAACAUGGGCCAGCGCUGCUCGGACACGCGUGGGAUCGUCUUUGAGGAUGUGCGAGUCCCCAAAGAGAACGUGCUGAUCGCGGAGGGCGCCGGCUUCAAGAUCGCCAUGGGCGCCUUUGACAAGACCAGGCCCCCGGUGGCAGCGGGGGCUGUGGGGCUGGCGAGGCGAGCACUUGACGAGGCCACGAGGUACGCGCUGGAGAGGAAAACCUUCGGGAAACCCAUUGUGGAGCACCAGGCCGUGGCAUUCCUGCUGGCAGAGAUGGCCAUGAAGGUGGAGCUGGCCCGGCUGGGGUACCAGCGUGCAGCCUGGGAGGUGGAUGCUGGCCGCCGCAACACCUUCUACGCCUCCAUUGCCAAGGCCUUCGCUGGGGACGUCGCCAACCAGGUGGCCACUGAUGCUGUGCAGAUUUUUGGGGGCAAUGGCUUCAACACAGAAUAUCCUGUGGAGAAGCUCAUGAGGGAUGCCAAAAUCUAUCAGCCCACAGACAUCCCUAAUCCCCAGUGCUUUUUCUGCAAUGUUAUUGCCAAGAAAUUAUUCCAUGCCAGAAUUCCUCUGUUGGUUCCAGUUUGUUAUUCAGCAGGAAUGAAUUAAUUUCAUUAGGAAACCCAGCGACCUUCACCUUUUCCCUCUUUCCAACAUUAACCAUGAUUGACUGGAACUGAUCCAAACAGGUCUCAGGGAACAUAUAUGGCCCUGACCUGUCACCAAGUGACCACAGCUGCUGAGAUUCCAGGUGGUUGACAUUCCAUUUACAGCUGACUUUAAAAUUCCAACUGUUCUCACCAGCCAGGAAUUUUUCCUUCUCCAAGGACAGAAAGCAGAUGUUUGGAACUGAGAAGUUCUCAGUCCUGAUUUCAGUCCUGCCAGGAAGGGACUGAACAAGCUAUGAGACUUUGUCAGAAUCGGGCUCUUCUCCUGUUCUGGGGUUGUUUUCCACCAAGAUCCUCCAUCACACAGUUCCAUCAUCAAUGCAUGGCCAAGCAUGCUGAGGUUUUGAAAUUGUUCAAAUUACUCUGAUUUAGUGUGAAAUUUGGGGUGUUUUUCCUGUUCCACUCCAUCCCUGCAAGAACCUGGGAAAGGGGCUGGACCUUACAAUUCCAGCAGCUCUACUUGGAGAAGCUUUGUGCAGUUUGGGGAGUAUUAUCCUGAUUUUGUGACUGCAGAGAAAGUGGAUUUGCAGGUGUGGGAGUGAUUUGCCAAAGCAACUUUGGGCAGGAUUGGGAGCUGAAACACUGAAAUGCCCAAAUUCUACUGUCCUGAAGCUGCCCUGGGCUGUAACUGGGGAAUCCCUGGAUCUCUCCUGUGCCGGGCACACAUGGGUGUUUGGAUACCUGGGGAGCCCCUGGAUCCCUCCUGCACUGAACACACACACCUGUAUGUGCUUAUUGCCUGCUAUGGGUCAUUGUCACACUAAUUUUUCCCAGUUUUCCCUCCUCCUGCCCCCGGCUUAGUGCAGGGAGGGGUCACAGGUGUGCAGACUCUGGUCAAACACCUUUCCCAGCUCCUGGCUCACCCGUCUCUGGUUCUCCCCACAGAUCUACGAGGGCACGGCACAGAUCCAGCGGGUGAUCAUCGCCCGUGAGCAUCUGGGCAGGUACAAGGCCUGAGGGAUGCAACAGCUCCAGGCCUGGUAUUCCAGGGAAAGGGACUGUGCUGCAUUUCUCCAUUAGAAAAACAUGGGAAAACCCCUUUUCGGUCAAACUCCUGUUCUGGUGCCUGAUCCAGCACAGGCUCUGGGACCCCACCCAUCCCCUGAGCCCAUCCCACUGAUUGAACAUCUCAAAUAUCCCUAAAUCCCAUAGGGAUCAUAUCGCUCUCCCCAAAUCAACCUUUGGCUUUCAGCAGCAAAGGAGACAAAACCUUUCCCCAGCAAACCUGGAUGAGCAAAGAGUGAAACAAAUUCUCAUUUUUUAAAAUUUAUUUUUAACAGUGAGAGCAAAAAUACAGCACAUCCCAGGGGUCGGAUUUGGGGUGUUUCCAUGUUUUUAAUGGCAUGGAUAGGCUCUCUUUGUUUAUCCCCGGGGCUUGGGUGAUAGCAACUGGAUCAACCUCAGGGAACUUAAAAAACCUGACUUUUCCUCCUGUGGAGGGGCCCAGCUGGCUUUGGCACUUAGGCUCCAGGGCCCCAGUUCCCAACAUCCAUAGGAAACACUGUGGGUUUGGAGCCUUUCAACAGCCAGAUCUAAAUAAAAACUAAAGUGAGUCCA